UUGCCUUCUUCACUGAACUUGUCUGACUUGCUCUGCUUUGUCAGCGACUUCCCCUCAUUCCUUCACCAUUUGCAAGUUUCGUUUUCUUUUCGUUCUUCUGUUUUCGUUUGCUGAAUUUUCUUAGUGAUCAGUCUUUCGUUCACCGUUUACUUCUCGUAUAUUAUAAGCAAAAAAGCUGUAGCAGUAUAUAAGAAGUAAAUCCAAAAAAAAAAAAAAAAAAGGAAUGGAGGUUUUAGCUACCAUUUUCAGCAAAGCAUUGGAUCUUUUGGUGGAUCCUGUUAAGCGGCAACUGAGUUACGUUUGGAACUACAAUGGCAAUGUUGAGGAGCUAAGAGGAUGUGCUCAGAGGCUGAAAGAUGAAAGGCAGAGUAUGAUUAUUCGAGUUCGAGAAGCUGAAAGAAAUGGAGAAGAGAUUGACGACCGUGUCACCAAUUGGCUGACGAGGAUGGAUGAGAAGAUCGCUGAAAUAGAAAUGUUUUUGGGAGACGAAGGCCACUUGAAGACAGGGUGCUGCAACAGUUCGUUUCCUAACCUGAGGUUAAGGCAUAAGCUUGGCAGAAAAGCGAAGAAGAUGAACCCACAGUGUGCUGAUCUGCUGCAACAGGUGAAUUUCACUGUAAUUUCUUAUCGCCCAGAGCCAACUAUAACAGAUGCUGCUCUUUCUGACAGUGGUUAUCAAUCACUUAGCUCUAGAGAUGCCAUUUUUAAGGAGGUUAUGAAUGCUCUGAGAGAUCCUACAAACAAAAUGAUCGGUAUCUAUGGGCAGGGUGGUGUUGGUAAAACCACUUUAGUUAAGGCAGUUGCUAGGAAAGCGAUGGGAGAAAAGUUGUUUGAUGUUGUGGUUAUGGCAAGUAUAACGAGCACUCCUGAUGUGAGGAAGAUUCAACAAGAAAUAGCGGACAUCUUGGACUUGAGAUUAGAUGACCAAAGCGAUAUUGGAAGAGCAGAUCGUUUGCGACAAAGGCUGACGAAGGAGAGCAAGAGAAUUCUGCUGGUCCUUGAUGAUCUUUGGGCGAGACUUGACUUAAAAAUGUUGGGGAUUCCAUAUGAUGAUGAUAAUGAUGCUGAUAUCAACCAGAAGACUGUUAAAGAGAUACCUGAUUUUGGUCACAACGUGGUUAAAAUAGAAGAAAGCCCCAGUGGUUUUAGAAGUUGCAAGAUUUUGCUAACUUCUCGAAUUAAAGGAGUAUUAUUGAGUGAAAUGGAUGUAAAGGAAAACUCAGUUUUCUCAAUAGAAGUCUUGGAGGAAAAGGAUGCAGAAAAAUUAUUCAACAAAGUAGCAAUGAUAACCGAUGAAGAUUCUGAUGAGUUGAAAUCAUUAGCAGCUAAGGUUGCUAAGAAAUGUGCGAAUUGCCAAUGGCGUUAGUCACAGCUGGAAUGGCGCUAAAAAAUAAUAAAAACAAAUAUGUUUGGGAAGAUGCACUUCAGAAAAUGGAAAGGCAAGAAAUGGUGAGGCUCCAUCAAUCAUGGAUUUGGUGAAAUAUUCUAUCGGUUUGGGCAUCUAUCAUGGAGUCAAUACAAUAAAAGAAGCUCGAGAUAGAACAACUACAUUGAUCAACAAGUUGAAAGACUCAAGUUUGUUGCUGAAUGCUAGUUCUUUUCACCAUGUUACCAUGCAUGAUAUGAUCCGUGAUGCUGCCUUAUCAAUAGCAUCUAAGGAGUGGAAUUUUUUCACCAUGAGAUAUGGCAAAUUAGAUGAAUGGCCUGACACGGAUGCAAUUGAAAGGUAUGCAGCUAUCUCUUUACACCAUUGUGAUAUCAUUGAUAUGAUUCCAGAAGGUAUAAAUUGCCCUAGACUCAAAGUCUUCCAUAUUAAUAGUAAAGAUCCUCUCUUGAAAAUUCCAGACAAACUUUUUGAAGCAAUGGGAGAACUAAGAAUAUUGGUAUUGACUGGUAUUGAUCUGUUAAACUUUCCUUCUUCAUUUAAAUGCCUAAAAAAGCUUAGAAUGCUUUGCUUAGAGCAAUGUGUGUUGGAUGACAAAAUAUCAAUCAUUGGAGAGUUGGAAAAUUUAAGAAUCCUCAUCCUUUCUGGAUCCAAGUUUGAAGUUUUGCCAAGCGAAUUAAGGAAGUUGAGUAAGCUUCAAUUGUUUGACAUCAAUAUGUGCACCAAACUUAGAGUCAUUCCAUCUAAUGUGAUAUCAAAAUUGAAUAGUUUGGAGGAGUUUUACUAUAUGGGAGGCAAUUUGAUCCAAUGGGAAGUUGAAAAAAAACCAAACAACAAUGAAAUUGCUUCUCUCAUUGAAUUGAGUCAUCUCCAACAAUUGAGAAGACUGCACUUAAGCAUUCUAGAUAUUUUAGCUUUGCCGAGAAGCUUAUUCUUUGACAAGUUAGAUAGCUACAGAAUUGCCAUUGGAGAUGUUAAGAUGCUUUUACUGGAAUAUUUCAGAUGCUUCGUAUGCCUGAGGCAUCAAGAGCUUUGAUACUACAUCUAAAAAGGGGAAAUGACAUUCAUUCCCAAACUGGGAUUAAAAUGUUGUUUAGAAGUGUUGAAUUAUUGGUUCUGGGAGAAAUUGAUGGUCUUCAGAAUGUUAUUUAUGAGUUGAAUGUGGAAGGACUUCCAAGCCUUCAACAUUUAGGCAUUAUAAAAAACUCGAACAUUCAAAAUAUAAUCUACGCAGAUGAGUGGAAACAUCAUGAAUGGCUUUUCCCAAGUUGGAGUCAAUGUGUUUAUAUAAAUUGGAGAGAAUAGAGAAAAUAUGCAAUUGUCAGCUUGUAGAUGCCUCUUUUCACAGUUUAAAAACUAUCAAGAUCAAACUCUGUGGCCGAUUGAAAAAUA